AUGGGCAAACUUUUUUCCAAACUCUUCGGAAGUAAAGAAAUGCGUAUUCUUAUGCUGGGUCUUGAUGCUGCUGGGAAAACAACUAUCCUUUACCGAUUAAAACUUGGAUCAAGCGUUAGCACCAUCCCAACUGUUGGUUUUAACGUUGAAACCGUAACUUACAAAAAUGUAAGAUUUAAUGUUUGGGAUGUUGGAGGUCAAGAAAAAAUCAGACCAUUAUGGCGUCAUUAUUUCACUGGAAGUCAAGGUCUUAUAUUUGUUGUUGAUAGUUCAGAUCGAGACAGAAUAGAAGAAGCUAGACAAGAAUUGCAUCGGAUAGCUACUGAUCGUGAAAUGCAAGGUGCUGUCAUCUUAGUAUUUGCGAACAAACAAGAUCUUCCUAAUGUUAUGAAACCUAAUGAAAUUCAAGAACGUCUUAUGCUAGCACGAUUACAUGGACACAUAUGGUAUGUUCAACCGUCGGUUGCUAUCAAAGGUGAAGGCCUAUAUGAAGGUUUAACAUGGCUUAAUGCAAACUAUAAUUCUCGGUGA